AUGGCCUGCUACAACCGCUGCCAGCCCUGCGGACCCACCCCGCUGGCCAACAGCUGCAACGAGCCCUGUGCCCUGCAAUGCCAGGACUCCAGCGUUGUCAUCAACCCUUCCCCUGUGCAGGUCACCCUGCCAGGACCCAUCAUGACCUCCUUCCCCCAGAACACCGCCGUCGGAUCCACCUCCUCGGCUGCUGUUGGCACUGAACUCAGUGUGCAGGGACAGCCCAUCUCUGGUGGAUUUGGUGGCUUUGGCUAUGGCCUUGGCUAUGGCCGUGGAUUUGGCUAUGGGCUGGGAGGCCUGGGCUGCUAUGGCAGAAGGGGUGGCUACAUCUGCUAAGGACUCUCAGCACCACCCCUGACACCAGCCAUCCACUCCCUGGAACACAUCUCAGGCACUGAAGGCGCCUCUCUGGGCCGAGGCUCUCAAACUGGCUCAGCGC